AUGUAUCACAAAGCGUCAUUCAUGGACGACGUGAUUAACAAUCGGGUGCCGCCUAUAGUGCUCUUCGCUAUCUUUGCGCUUGCCGCUAGAUUCUCUACCGACAAGUUCUUUGACGGAACCGAUCCAAGAGAAAGAGGCGAGGUUUAUCGUUCAGCAAGCGAGAGACUGUUUAGCAUCCGCGAGCUCACUCCUACAACUGUCCAGGUAUGCGUUUUGCUGGGAGCAUACGCUGCUGCGAGUGGUGAGACAGACGUUGAAAACCUAUACUACAGUAUGGGCGGAAGGCUCUCUCUAGCUCUUGAUCUUUCGAAUCGUCCUGUCACGAAUUUGGUGGAGCGCGAAGUUAACAUCAGAACUUGGUGGACUCUAUGCAUGGUAGAUGUUUGGUCAUCUACUGCAGUGAGACUACCACGUAUCAUGCCAUUUGAUAGCGCUGUGCCGCUUCCAGUGGAUGAGAUACCAUUCUCGGCGAUGAGCAGUGGUCUAAGAGGAGAUGUUAGCGACCAAACGCUAUGUGCUAGUUCCCCCCUCCUUGCUGAGAUGGUCAAGCUCAAUCGCAUUCUGGCGAGAAUCAUCGACUUCAAUCGAGUGUGCGUGUCAGAACAUCUCGAAGGCCCACCACUCGAAAGAGGCAUACGUGAACUUUCCCGCGAUCUUGACGUCUGGUUGGAGGAAGUUCCGCACCAUAUGCGUGAUACGCCAGCAAACCUCGAAGCUUUCGCAUCGCGUGGCCUUGGGCGUAUGUAA